AAGAACUUCAAAUUUGAGGACAAACCAAUUAGAUUCGCCAAGCGAGUAGGAGUUGGGGCGGAUGCCAGCCCCUUGUUCACUACAAUUAAUAAUCGAUCCACCUGCAGAGUUCUAUGGCAGCUCCGAUCUGUAAACACCGUGCUGAUUCAUUUAACGAAAAGAUGAUGUUAUCGGCACAGAACAACCCCAGGCUUCAACAGCCCUAUGCCCUCAAAAUAGGAGACCAUUCUUCUUCUCUUUGUUCGUCAUUCUCUUCAUUAUUUCAUCUGCAGGGCGCUCUCUCAGAUUCGAUCCCGCCUCCUCAGCAGCCCCAGGCCUCAGAAAUUCGAGAAGUAAAUGAAGAUAUACAACUGGCCCUUGCACAUCAGGAGUACAAAGCAGGCAACUAUAAUCGAGCAUUGGAACAUUGUUACAUUGUUUAUGAAAAAAAUUGUACACGGACUGAUAAUCUUCUUCUAUUGGGAGCCAUAUACUAUCAGUUACAUGACUUUGAUAUGUGUAUUGCUAAGAAUGAAGAGGCUAUAAGGAUUGAUCCCCAAUUUGCGGAGUGUUAUGGAAACAUGGCUAAUGCAUGGAAGGAAAAGGGAAACAUUGAUCUGGCUAUUCACUUCUAUUUGAUUGCUAUCAAGAUACGUCCAAAUUUUUAUGAUGCAUGGUCCAAUCUUGCUAGCGCUUAUAUGCGAAAAGGAAGGCUCUCGGAAGCAGCAGAUUGCUGCCGUCAGGCACUGCACCUAAAUCCUCGUUUGGUUGAUGCUCAUAGUAACCUUGGUAAUUUGCUUAAGGCACAAGGAUUAACACAACAGGCAUAUCUAUGCUAUAUUGAGGCAUUGAGGAUACAACCAACUUUUGCAAUUGCAUGGUCAAACUUGGCAGGCCUGUUCAUGGAAGCAGGGGAUUUCCAGAAAGCCCUUGCAUAUUAUAAGGAGGCAAUCAAGUUGAAACCUAAUUUUGCUGAUGCACAUUUGAAUCUAGGCAAUGUACUGAAGGCUAUCCGAAGACCUCAAGAUGCAAUUUUAUGUUAUCAACGAGCAAUUCAAUUGCGCCCUGACUAUUCAAUUGCCUAUGGUAAUUUAGCAAGUGUAUAUUAUGACCAAGGCCAGUUAGAUUUGACAAUAUCACACUAUAAACAAGCCAUCUUUCAUGAUUCAUCAUUUUUGGAGGCAUACAAUAACCUGGGCAAUGCGCUCAAAGAUGCUGGGAAAGUAGAAGAAGCAAUCACUUGUUACCAGUCUUGCCUUCAACUUCAGGCAAACCAUCCUCAAGCUCUUACAAACCUUGGGAAUAUUUAUAUGGAAUGGAAUGUGAUGAAUUUGGCUGCAGACUGCUAUAAAGCAACAUUAGCUGUUACAACUGGUUUGUCUGCUCCAUAUAGCAAUUUAGCAACAAUAUACAAACAACAGGGUCAGUACAUGGAAGCAGUUGCUUGCUACAAUGAAGUUCUUCGUAUAGAUCCUAUGGCAGCUGAUGGGCUUGUUAAUAGGGGUAAUACACUUAAAGAGUUGGGCCGUGUCAAUGAAGCUAUGCAAGACUAUAUCCGUGCGGUAACACUCAGACCUAGUAUGGCAGAAGCCCAUGCCAACCUUGCUUCCGCCUACAAGGAUGGUGGUCUAGUUGAGCCUGCCAUUAAGUGUUACAAACAAGCAUUAUUGUUGCGUCCAGAAUUUCCAGAAGCAACUUGUAACUUGCUGCACACCUUGCAGUCUGUUUGCGACUGGGAAGACCGGGACAGUAAGUUUCUUGAAGUUGAGGCGAUUGUAAGGCGGCAGAUAAAGAUGUCAGUUCUUCCAAGUGUGCAACCAUUUCAUGCAAUUGCUUAUCCCAUUGAACCCAUGUUAGCAUUAGAAAUCAGCCGCAAAUAUGCAGAGCAUGCCUCUCUUGUUGCAUCACGAUUUGGACCUACCUCUUUUACCCACCCCCUACCAUUGCCAGUGAAGAGUGAGGGUGGUAGUGGCAGGCUUAGGGUGGGGUAUUUGAGUAGUGAUUUUGGAAACCAUCCCCUUUCACACCUCAUGGGAUCUGUUUUUGGUAUGCAUAACCGAGACCACAUUGAGGUGUUUUGCUAUGCCUUGAGCCAGAGUGAUGGCAGUGAAUGGAGACUCCACAUACAGGCAGAGGCAGAGCAUUUCAUUGAUGUAUCAACUCUGUCAUCUGAUGUUAUUGCCCGGAUGAUCUCUGAAGCUCAUAUUCAAAUACUUAUCAACUUGAACGGAUAUACUAAGGGUGCUCGAAAUGAAAUUUUUUCAAUGAAACCAGCUCCCAUUCAGGUUUCAUACAUGGGCUUCCCUGGAACAACAGGAGCCAGUUACAUUGACUAUUUAGUGACAGAUGAGUUUGUUUCCCCUACACGGUUUUCACAUAUCUAUUCUGAGAAGCUUGUCCACCUGCCACACUGUUAUUUUGUAAAUGAUUACAAACAGAAAAAUCAAGAUGUUCUUGAUCCUAUGUGCCAACCAAAACGCUCUGAUUAUGGACUUCCAGAAGAUAAAUUUCUCUUUGCUUGCUUUAAUCAGCUGUACAAAAUGAAUCCUGGUAUAUUCAUAACAUGGUGCAAUAUUCUAAAACGUGUUCCAAACAGUGCACUAUGGCUUCUUAGAUUUCCCGCUGCAGGAGAAAGUAGAUUACGGGCAUUUGCUACUGCACAGAAUGUGAGACAGGAACAGAUUAUUUUCACAGAUGUUGCAGCCAAGAGUGAACAUAUACGUCGUAGCUCGCUUGCUGAUUUGUGCCUAGAUACGCCAUUAUGUAAUGCACAUACAACUGGCACUGAUGUCCUCUGGGCUGGUGUACCCAUUGUUACUCUUCCACUUGAGAAAAUGGCUACAAGAGUGGCAGGGUCUCUCUGUUAUGCUACGGGUUUUGGACAAGAGAUGGUUGUCACUAGUAUGCAAGAGUAUGAGGAGAAGGCUGUUAGUCUUGGUCAAAACCCUGCAAGGUGUCAAUCCUUACGUGCAAAUAUUAAAGAAGCUCGGUUGACAUGUCCAUUGUUUGACACUCUUCGUUGGGUACGGAAUCUUGAGAGGGCCUUUUAUAAGAUGUGGAAUUUGUACUGCACGGAAAGGCAUCCCCAACCAUUUAAAGUAACUGAAAAUGACAAUGAUUUUCCAUAUGAUAAAUAAUCAUAUAUUUUAUGUAGUAGUCAUAUAUGAUAUGGAACCAUGGUUUGAAAGGUUCCAAUAUCUGGCACACCCCACAUGAAACACGGUUGCCUCUUCAGGCACUAGUGUUGAUGGAUGCCAGAAGAACAUUUGCUGUAUGUUACAUGCAGGGCACCCUCAAGAGCACUGUUAGGGUGAACUUUUUCCAUUUUAUUUUGGUUAUAGAUGAGUAUUAUAGGAAAAUCACAUGGGUGUUCAAAAUAUGCACACCAGCUAUGUGCAUUCUAAGAAGAAAAUUGAGAGGCUUCGGUCUGUGGACUUAAUCAAGUAUUUUACAUGUUCAUUAUUUAUUUGGUUUCUAUUAUUAUGAUUGACAAGACCACUUAAGUGA